UUUCAAUGGACUUCGGGACAAUUCGAGCAUGCGGCGCUUCUUGUCCACGACGGUGAAUGCAAACGAAGUGAGCAAGUUCACUCGGGCCGCCAACGACUGGUGGAAGCCAGCUAGCAACACGGGUGUUGGUUUAUUGCACCAGCUAAAUCCGACGCGUGUGAGCUACAUCCGCAGCCACGCGAUGAAGCACUUUGGAAAGGACAUGAAACGCGAUGCCGCCUGGCCGUUGAAAGGCCUACGCACGCUUGAUGUGGGCUGCGGUGGCGGCAUUUUGUCGGAAUCGCUGGCUCGAUUGGGUGCUACCGUGACGGGUGUCGACCCUGGCCAAGCCAAUAUUGACGCAGCAAGUGCGCAUGCGGCACUGGACUACGAAACGGAAGACAUUCGGUACAUUUGCUCGACGGCAGAUGCCCUUGUGGCACAAGGCGAAACCUUCGACGUCGUGUGUGCGUUGGAAGUGGUCGAGCACGUGAACGACGUCCCUGCGUUCAUCCAGUCGUUGGCCCAGCUUGUCAAGCCGGACGGCAUGUUGUUCAUGUCGACAAUCAACCGAACGGCGCUAGCGUACCUGACCACGAUUGUCGCGGUGGAGCAAGUUUUGCAGCUUGUGCCCCAAGGUACGCACGAGUGGGCCAAGUACAUCCAGCCGCACGAACUCACGACGUGGAUUCAAGAGCAUGGCUUGCAUGUCUCGGACGUGUCAGGGAUCGUCGGUGAUCCGUACGUGCAGGGGUGGAAGCUGCACCCGACGUGUACCGAGGUCAACUACAUUCUCGCCGCGUCGCGCCAACCCGUAACUCCAUAAAGCGGUGUCAUCAAAAUUGUAUAUACAUAUAAAAGUGUAGCUGCUUCCAAAGUGGGGGCGUCCUCAGGCAGCGUCGUUGACGAGCAAGUACCCUGAGUCGUGAAGCGGGAACCUUCGGUCUUCGAUGGCGACGUAAUCACUGUGGAACGACGACGACCUCGCAGCUACCGACGCGGCCUUGGCAGCGACCUUCAUCUUGCCCCAUAGCGCACGGAGCGAUGCCUUGAUCAAGGCGUGGUGGCGCGACGUUUUGGACGCUUCCAUUGAGCCGACUUGGUCGUCGUAGGGACUUUUCCACAGUGAUCUGGGACCGAUCUCGCACGCGACGACGACGCCAGCUUGUUCUACUCUUCGACGCUCGAAAGCUUGGUAAAGUUCUACAUUUAGAUGCCCAGCUAUAUAUAUAUAUGUGUGUGUGUAUACAUGGCCCCAGUACACG